CGUAUGAUUCAAAAUGGCCGCUUGUAAACCAUCGUACGUAGUUUGAACAAAGAGUUGCGCAAAAUACUUUAUUAAACAAACGGCAUUUGAUUUUGAGUGAUUUAGAGUUUCAUUGUUUAUUUAAACUAAUAAGACAUGUUGGAUUUAGAAUUGGUACCUGAACGGUCCUUGGGAUGCGAGCAAUGGGAGUUUGUUUUGGGUAUGCAUUUUUCCCAAGCUGUUGCUAUCAUUCAAUCACAAGUUGGACUUAUCCGAGGAGUGCAAGUUUUAUACAGUGAUACGAGUCCACUAGCUGUUGAUUUGGCCAUAAAUUUACCACAUGAUGGAAUACGCUUGGUAUUCGACCCGGUUGUGCAAAGAUUAAAAUUAAUUGAAAUAUAUAAUUUGAAAUUAGUGAAGCUUAGAUAUUGUGGUCUUCCAUUUAACUCUCCAACUGUUUUGCCAUCCAUCGAGCAAGUUGAACAUUCUUUUGGAGCUACCCAUCCAGGAGUUUAUGAUGCAAAUAAGCAGUUAUUUUGUUUGCAUUUUCGUGGUCUCAGUUUCUAUUUUCCAGUAGAUAGCAAACUGCAGCCGGGCUAUGCACAUGGUUUGGGUUCCUUACAUUUUCCAAAUGGUGCAUCACCAGUGGUAUCUCGAUGUUCGUUAUACUGUGGCCCUAGUGCUCCAGAAGCCAGACCCCCAAACCUGCCCAUCACUUGUUACAACCAGCAAUUAUAUCUUGAAAGGGCCGAAGUUUUUCGUAGUCAUGGACAAACUAGAGGCCUAAGAAUGCAUUUAUAUAUGGAAGAUUCUCCAAGGAUACUCGAACCACGGAAGAAAAAGAUAACAAGAGAAUUAUUAUUUGGAGACAGUUGUCAAGAUGUUGCAAGCAGUCUUGGUGCACCCAGCAGAGUUUUUUAUAAAUCUGAAGAUAAAAUGAGAAUCCACAGUCCUAAUGCUCAUCGCAAAUCUGCUAGACGCAGUGAUUUUUUCUUUAAUUACUUUACUUUGGGCUUGGAUGUUUUGUUUGAUUCAAGAACACAGCGUUUGAAAAAAAUUGUGCUUCAUACUAAUUAUCCUGGACAUUAUAAUUUUAACAUGUAUCAUCGCUGUGAAUUUCACCUUCAGUUAGCUCCUGACAGACCUUCUACUUCUGAUGCAGGACGUCUGGUAGAUGUAACACCAUCUCCUGUCUUAGUAUCUGCAUACAGUAAAUGGGACUCUGUAAGUAGCCACUUAAGACCAUCUGAUAGACCAGUAGUUCUCAAUCGAGCUAGCUCUACAAAUACUACCAAUCCUUUUGGUAGCACAUUUUGUUAUGGAUACCAGGACAUAAUAUUUGAGGUCAUGCCAAACAACUAUAUCGCAUCUGUUACUUUGUACAGAAAUCAAUCUAGUUCUACAGAGAACAUGGCAAAGCAAACAUCAAUUCAUAACUCGGCAUGACCAUGGCUCUCAACCACUAGACUGGUUCUGUCCGGCAGAUAUUGGCAUCCUGAUAUGUCAUGAUGUGCAUGCCACUUAUAUUGAGAUUAUUUUCAAAAUAAUAAACCGUAAUAUAUGCGAAAAUAUGUGUCCAUAAACUGAUUAGCAUUGGUAACGUAUUAAUUAAUGGCUAAUUAACUGGUUG